GUCAUUCCUGUAGAUCGCUAUAAAAAACUGUUGCGCGUGACGAUAUCUUCUAAGUUCUGUUACACUUGAUAUGCAUACUUUCGAUAGUUUCGAUAACGGACCUUUCGAUUUGUAAAUGCUUUUGAUUACAAUUCUUGUUUUUGUUUGCGUUUUUGUUGAUGCGCUGGGCGACAUCGGCAUUGAGUCGGCAUUUUAUUGAUUACGUAUGGCAAACUGGCGCUUGGCACGCGACGCCGGCCCCCAAACCAAGGACAUAAACGACCCCCAUAUGGACAGGCGACAUUAACGUGUUUUUGUUUGUUUUCUGUGUGUGUGUAUUAAUUUAUUUGUGGAUGUUGGGUUUUGUAUUUGGCGAAUCAAGUCCAAAACGACGGUUGAGCCGCUCAAAUUGUAUUUGUUUUUUAGUUAUCCCUCGGCCAUUCACUCGGUCUGUGCAUUUGUAAAACUCGCAUUUAACGUGUUUGUCUGUGUGACUAACCCAAAGCAAAUACUAUUAACAUAAUUAAUUCAUAAUUAUCAAAUCAAAAAUAAUUCAAUCAUGUCGACUACAGUUAAUACUAGUUCCGAAUCCGCGCCCAACGGUCGCUCCGAAACCGAUCGCAUUUCCGCCGUCGAACUGCAGUCAAAUAAACGGAUGCUGUACUUUAGCGAUGGCGUCAUGGAGGAGCUCUCUUCUAGCGAUAGCGACGCUGAGCCGGACGUGCCCGAUAAGGGCUACGAUGUGCAAUUGGAGCGCGAACUGCCACUGGGGCCGCGCCUACGUUACAAGGCCACAAAGGUGGGCAAUAAUAUAUUGGCCGGCAUUGACUACGUUGGCGGUGGCCUUGCCUCCUUCCUAGGCAUUACAAAUUCGAAAUAUGCCAGCGAACUUAAAUACCAUCAACGUGCCAAGGAGCUGGCCGAGGCCGAGGCCGACGAGGACCUUGACAAUUGGCAAGCUAACAGCAACGGCAGCAGUAGCAACAAUAACAACAACAACAAUCGAGCCGACACGAUUGUGGUUUGUGCGCCCGCUCGACGCGACGAGGCCGCAGCGUUGCCACCCAGUCGACAAUAAUACUUGAGCGUGCGAUGAACUCCACCAGCGGCAGUUCAAAUAUAAGAGAAACGUAUAAGACAGAAAAAUGCUCAUCAGGUAAAAUUGUAAACAAAAAAUUGUACAUACCAAAAAAACAAAGGAAAUCAAUGUAUUAAGUAAACAGCAUUCAAUCAUUUUGGACAACUUUAU